AUUAGAAGAAGAGAAACGCACUAAGUUGUUUAUUGUUUCUUCUUGUCCAUGUCACCAUGUUGCAUAGGUCCACAAAAUAUUCAUCAGUCGCAGAUAAUGACGUGAAGAAAGCCAACCUCGUUCCUAGUUGUGAUUCCAAAUAGCAAGAUAUAGACAUAUUGUAACACAGAAAAUUCAAGGGCGGAUUGACUAAUGGCUAACUUUAAAACAAAAGGUUUUUACCGCAAUAGAUUCUUCUCGAACAUAAAAAGCCGACCACAUGAACCAAAAUCAGUGCUGAUCAAAUUUCACGUUCACGGAAGCCCACUAUUAGAAGAAAGACAGUUGCUGCACGGCCGCCAGUUGAGAGCUUCAGCUUUUAACUUCAUGCCAUGUCUUUCCGCUACGAAAAUGCCAUCAGGAAACUACUCUUAUUUUGGAAUCUGCAAUGAUAUUAUUAAGUGGGUUUCUGAACAUUUUCAAAUGGAGCUGAUUUACGUGCCUGUCGACAACACGGAUAGAGGCAAACUUGGCAUAGUACCUGCGCUCAUCAAGCAAAUAGUGAAACAGGAAGUCGACGUUAUCCCGUUCUCUUUCGUUCCCACGCCAGGUCUGUUGCUGCAAAUAGAUUGCUCUAUUCCGCUCACGGUGGAAGACUAUUAUUUAUUACAGCCGUGGCCAAAGGAAGAGAGCCGCCUUACCGCUUGCAUCAGACCCUUCUCUUUGAACGUUUGGAUGUUAUUCUUCUUUUCGGUAAUUGCCAUCAUCGUUUUCAUGGCUCUGCUGACUCAUUAUUACCAUCAGUGGGGUACGGAAAGAAAGUCCAAGAGUUUCAUGAACGAUAUUUACGAUCACACUAUGUACACCAUGACAAUUAUUGCCGGACAAGGGAACCAUAUAUCUGCCAAAGCCAAAAUGUCACUGCGUCUAGUGGCAGGCUUGUGGUGCCUGACGAUGGUCGUCCUGGUAAACGCAUAUACGGGCACUUUAAUGUCUUAUUUAACCGUUCCCAAGCUGAGGCCAAUAGUCAACACGCUGGAAGAAUUGGCGGCCAGUAGCGAGACGAGAAUGACGGUUGAUUUUGAAUUGGGCAAGGCUCGCAUGUUUCUGGAGGCCACCUCUGGCCCAAAUAAAGUUAUUGGCAAUUCGCUUCGCAACAAUCCACAGUUGUUAAUCAAAGGAAACACUUUAGACGGAGUGAAAAAUGUUUUACAGCGAGGGGCUACUUACUUUGCUAAUCAUUUGCUCGUCAACUACUUCUUGGCGAUGGACAUGAAAAGCCAUCAGGAAUGUCGCAUGACCUAUUCGGAUCCCAUUCCGUUCGUCGAGUAUUACUCACUGGGUUUACCCAAAGGCGGCCGACACAAUUUCAUCAUCAAUCACGAUUUGCAGUAUUUGUGGGAAAACGGUUUAAUUUCCCACUGGAUGUUGCAGUACACGCCCAACGUCGACAAGUGCAUGGUAGGUAAAAUCAAACCCAGUGGAAAGAUGACGUCUUUGACUCUAACAGACCUGUCGAGCGCUUUUGCACUGCUCGGCAUUGGAAUUGGACUAUCUGUUUUCGCGUUUGUUUUGGAAAGGAUGGCGUUCACGAAAGCAAAUCGACGAAACAAGAUCCGCCGUAAAGAGAAAAUGCCAUUUUACGGCCUCUGAAUUCACGUCGAAAUGUAGUCGCUAUAAAAAUGGCUAGAUUUAUUCUAAUGUAAGGCUAUUAAAACUAGUCCGAUAUCAAACGUUUAGUAUUUUA